UUGCACAGAUCCGUUGCAACCCAUCGUUUGCCGUCGCCUGCGUCGUCGCUUUCGAAUCAACGGGCGCACUGCCAGCAUCACCAAAGGCCAACACGCGGACGCGAGAGCUGGAUUAAAAUUAUGCUUUUUGUUUUGCUCCCGAUGUAGUUCCGUGGAAAGAGUUUCGGCAAACGGACGACAGCCACGACGACGACGACGCAGCAGCAAACGACGACGGUAGCGUGCGCCGUCGCGAAUUUUUCGAUAGUUGAUCGCGAUCGCGUGAUUUUGGCAGUACUGCAUUGCGCAGGAUACGGGUCCUGGCCGCGCGUGUGGAGGGAUUCGAGCCCCCUAAGGAACAGGUGCGCGUGGUUUGUGGAAGAAAAGCCGUCGCGAACGUGUAAAGGCUGAUUCGCUGAGCGACGAUCGGCUGGACACUGGAAGAUGCUGCGGCCAGCUAAGCACGCGAGAAGCUCUAAUGAAUGCGUUCGCGACAAUUAAGCUUAAAUAUAGUGCCGAUGGAUAGGAAUGGUGUUGUUUAUGUUAAUUAAAUUAAUUCGAUCGGUGAAAACGUAUUAUUUUGCUGGCGCCUGCAGUUUUAUAGUUUUGUGGGCUUAGUUGGAAGAAACGAGAUUGCGGCAAAGUCGGAAGAAGAACACCCAUCAUAAAAGUGUGUGAUCAGGUUUAUCCGAGUGAAAUUUAUUGCAAAUCGAUCGGCCCGAUACUGAAUUAAUUUGCAAUUACUUAUCCACAAAGACCACCGUGUGUAAGCGACGAUCUUAUCCAACCCCGCUGGAAAUCCAAGAUCGAGGAGGCGUGAAAAAGAAAUUACAGCCCAAGAAACGUGAAGUGAAAAGUUUUACCGAAGAACGAGCGCGAUCGCCACCGCCACCUCCACCCGCUCAUAAUCGAGAGUGACAGUCCGGUGCGCGAAGCUAACGCAUGAGAAUGCUCGCGAACCACAAAUGGUUGUAAAUUAAAUAAUUAUUUCAUUAGCGCGGCUCAGCCCCGGCUGGCUGCGUGUUGUUGGUGGGGUGUUUGUGAAGAUACCGACUGAUGGAAAGCCCGUAAUUGCAAGGAAGAGCAGCGCACUGCACCGGCAUGGCGCACAUUUUGAAUAAAUUUUCGGAGCGGAACGAACACUGAAAAUGGGAGUGCAAAGAUCGGUGGUUUAUUAACACGCAAUAAAAUUGGAAGGUGUGAACAACACGUUUGAUGAAGUGGAUUGCGGUGGUGAAUAUUAAAGUGAUUCAAGGUGCAUUAUUACUUUGUAGCGGGUGGAAAGUGAAUAGUCUGUGAUCUCAAAAGUGCAAACAUGGAUGUGUCGGGGAGCAUGUCCGGGGCGAACUCGCUCAACAUGAGGCCGUUCUUUAGUGGAUAUCCUUUUCAAGGUCAAGGCCGCGUCAAUCAGCUCGGUGGGGUGUUCAUCAAUGGGCGCCCGCUGCCCAAUCACAUCCGGCUGAAAAUUGUUGAGAUGGCUGCCGCCGGCAUUCGGCCGUGCGUGAUCUCCCGCAAUCUGCGCGUUUCCCAUGGCUGUGUGUCCAAGAUACUGAACCGCUACCAGGAGACCGGCUCGAUUCGUCCCGGUGUGAUUGGGGGCUCCAAGCCGAAGGUGGCCACACCGGAAGUGGAAACCCGCAUCGAGGAGAUGAAGAAGAUGAAUCCGAACAUUUUUAGCUGGGAGAUACGCGAAAAGCUGAUCAAGACCGAUCCAAGCGCGGGCUAUAGCAGCGCGGACGGCGGCCUCCACAGACAGCCAGGCGCAGAUUACCGAUGUCGUGAGGAAGGUGUUCCGGACCCACCGAGCAUUUCGUCCAUCAGCCGGCUACUGCGCGGAGUGGGCACCACGGAAGGACGGAAGGACGACGACGGGCGGAAGGAUUACAGCAUCCAUGGCAUUUUGGGAGGUCGCGGAUCCGACUCGAGUGAAACCGAAUCCGAGCCGGGGAUUCUCCUAAAACGAAAACAGCGCCGAUCUCGAACGACCUUCACCGGUGAGCAGCUGGAAGCACUGGAAAAAGCCUUCCAACGAACUCAGUACCCGGACGUGUACACGCGGGAGGAACUGGCAUCAUCCACCAACUUGACGGAGGCACGCAUCCAGGUGUGGUUCAGCAACCGUCGCGCUCGGCUGCGGAAACAUGCCGGCUCGCAGAUGUCCACCCCGUUGGGUUCGCUCGGAUCGCUUCCAAUGUCGCAGUACCAUCCAGGAGUGGCAUCCCAGGAGUCCUACCAAAUGGCGGCGGCCGCCAACUACGACUUCGUUAGCCAGAAUCCGGCCUCGUUUUCUUCCGGCUUCCAGCAUGGACACUUUGGCGGGCAGAAUUUCGCGCCGAAUCCCAUGGGCUUCCAUCAGAAUAGUCAAGAUUUUAUCCCUCCGGAGUACACCAAGAUGAUGAACGAAGAAUACAUCAAACCGGCACACGAGAACGCAUCGUCGUCGGUCAAGCUGAGUCCAACGGCGUCUCAUGGACCUUCGGCUGCACUGGGUGAUAGCUAUGCAACCAAAUUGAGUUCGGUCACCGCGGCGGCGGCAACCAACAUCGCCCCGCAGGAAACAGCCUGGAGUCAAACGUAUCCGCCGCACCCCGGACAGAGCUACGCCGCCAACUUGGGGCCAAGUUGUCCACCGUCGGCUCCUUCCGGGCCAAUGGAGUACCACCAGAUGCAGCAAGCCUACAGCAACAAGUAUUGGUCCUGAUGUGCACUGGGUGGCGAAUGAUUGGAUAUUUUAAUCGCAGAUAAAUGGGCGUAAUAUUUGAACCAUCAAAUGGAAAAAAAUAUUCUCGAUAAAAAUAAAAUCUCUCUCCAUUAGUUAAUUACAAUAUUUAUAUUCGACCAGAUGAAAAUAAUCUUCGAACGUCAAAUAUGCGCACACGAUUUUACCAAGGAAGCAUUUGGAACUGAGUGUUUGGAUGAUCAAAUGUUACGUCUGUUUAUCUUUGUUUUAUUUAUAGGUUUUUUGAAGGUUUCCUUCUUUUCAUUGGAUUAAGUUAAUGUAAGAUAUGGUUUCCUAUUUUGCAAUAGUGUUUUUCAGCUUAGUAGUAAGAUGGUCCCAAAUCUAAAUUCAGAUCUUAUUUUAAAUAUUAAAAUCGAUAAGUUUAAGUAGUUGUUUUAGGUUAGCAAAUCAUCAAAAUAUUUAUUUUCUGAUAAAUUCCAUGACACAAACUUAGCACUAGAACUCUCACUUAGCCUUCAACCAAACAAAGCGUAGUGAAUAAACAAAACCAUUGAUCCA